CCGCUUGAGCCCACAGAGAGGGAUCAGUCACCCCGAAGGACAGGCAGACUGACGGCCGGAGGGACGGCCGAGCCCCCUUGGGGAGGGAAGAGGAGGAGAAGCCGGGGGGCCCGGGCCACGGAGCAGCCCCGAAGGCAGAGGGCGACCACGGCCAUGAGGCGGGCGUCCCGACAUCAGCCCGUGACCCUCCCCGUCUAGAGGCCGUGCUCCCAGAGCCAUGGGGCCUCUCGGACGCCGGGGGCCCUUCGCCCUCCUCCUCCUCUGCGUCCUCGCCCUUCCCGCCUGUUGUCAUAUAGAGACUCGAGCCCAUGCUGAGGAGCGGCUCCUGAAAAACCUCUUCUCCGGCUAUAACAAGUGGUCUCGGCCAGUGGCUAAUAUCUCCGAUGUGGUUCUGGUCCGGUUUGGAUUGUCCAUCGCGCAACUCAUUGAUGUGGAUGAGAAGAAUCAAAUGAUGACCACCAAUGUGUGGGUUAAGCAGGAAUGGCAUGACUACAAACUUCGCUGGGAUCCCCAGGACUAUGAGAAUGUCACCUCCAUCCGCAUUCCCUCUGAACUCAUCUGGAGACCGGACAUUGUCCUGUACAAUAAUGCAGACGGGGAUUUUGCAGUGACACACCUGACCAAAGCUCACCUCUUCUAUGACGGAAGAGUCAAAUGGAUGCCUCCCGCAAUCUACAAGAGCUCCUGCAGUAUUGAUGUGACUUUCUUUCCCUUUGACCAGCAAAACUGCACCAUGAAGUUUGGCUCCUGGACCUACGACAAAGCAAAAAUAGACCUGGUGAGCAUGCACAGCCACGUAGACCAACUGGACUACUGGGAGAGUGGAGAAUGGGUCAUCAUCAAUGCCGUUGGGAACUACAACAUCAAGAAAUAUGAAUGCUGCACCGAAAUUUACCCUGAUAUCACCUACUCCUUCAUCAUUAGGAGGCUUCCACUUUUCUAUACCAUCAAUCUCAUCAUUCCCUGUCUUCUGAUUUCUUGCUUGACUGUCCUGGUCUUCUACCUGCCUUCUGAGUGUGGUGAAAAGAUCACCCUAUGCAUUUCAGUGCUGUUGUCUCUGACUGUGUUCCUCCUCCUCAUCACAGAGAUAAUUCCUUCUACCUCCCUAGUCAUUCCCCUGAUUGGAGAGUACCUGCUUUUCACCAUGAUCUUUGUGACCCUGUCUAUCAUCAUCACUGUCUUUGUACUCAACGUCCACCAUCGAUCUCCUCGCACCCACUCCAUGCCGGACUGGGUCCGAAGAGUUUUCUUGGACAUUAUUCCCCGCCUCCUCUUCAUGAAAAGGCCCGCUGUUGUGAAAAAUAACUGUAAGAAAUUGAUUGAGUCCAUGCACAAAAUUGCCAGUGCACCAAGGUAUUGGCCUGAGCCGGAAGGGGAACUUAACUUUGCUACCUCAUCUUCCAACAGCCCACAGAGUCAGGAGGAGACUCCCUGUCCUUCUUUUCGCAUUCAUCUGGAGGAUCCAGCAAACCCCCCUCCCAUCUGUAAGUCACCCUCUCGUCAGUAUCCUGUGCAGGAUGAUGGUCCCUCUCCUUCAGCCUCCUGCCACCCUCCAAGUGAUGCCCAGUCCCCGGGUCUCCCUAAAACCAGAUCUCUAAGUGUCCAGCAAAUGCACAGCCCUGGGAAAGUGGAGGAAGGGGGCAUUCGCUGUAGGUCAAGAAGCAUUCAGUACUUUUAUCUCCAAGAAGAUUCUUCCCAGACCAACGGACAGUCCCAGGUUAAUGGCCAUUCCAGAAGCUCCCCUGCCUCUCUGCGCAGCCACCUCAACAAAGACCAGCAGCAGAUCAAGCCUUCCCCUUGCAGGUGCAAAUGUAAAAAGAACAAAGCUCCGGCCUCUCCAGACCCAGGUGCCAAAUCACAAUCACGGAGCUCCAAAGAGCAGCAUCAUUUGCUUAUGUCGCCAGCCUUGAAGCUCGCUGUGGAGGGUGUCCAGUACAUCGCAGACCAUCUGAGGGCAGAGGAUGCUGAUUUUUCGGUGAAAGAAGACUGGAAAUACGUCGCCAUGGUUAUAGACAGGAUCUUCCUCUGGAUGUUUAUCAUUGUUUGCUUAUUGGGAACUGUGGGACUUUUCUUGCCACCUUGGCUGGCAGGAAUGAUAUAAGGAUCCAGAAAACAUUUGAAGUGCAUCUGAAUACAGAGAGGAUGGGAAAGUGAGAGACUAUGAAUGAAAAUGAAUCCCUGAAUAAUGUAUCUUGUCACGUGCACGUGACUCAUUCCUGGAGGAACACCUUCAAAGGGUAAUUGUUUCCCAAGCCAUCCCCAUCUUUAAAUGUUUUAAGGCAGCCUUGAAAAUUGUUCCUCACUUUGUUACCGAGGGUUGUAACAAUAUCUGCUGAAUGAGAGCCUCUGGUGUAAUUCAUUUCAUGCUAAGUGUCACUUUCUCCAAAGAGAAUAGCCUAUCGGAAAAAUAACUGCUAAUUUAUUUUUAUUUUUCCAAGAUGCUUUAAAAGUUAAUCUUCCAAACUUCAUUCAUAGCAUGGUGAUAACCACUGAUGUGUUAAUCUACAUAGAUAUAUAUAUAUUGUAAUACAAAGACACAAGUGUUCACUAAUGAGUACAGAGGCACUUAAGAAUUCACUGACAGCCCUAAGUGUAUUUUACGAGAUUUCCUUUGGACAAGGGUCAGGUGAUGAAAUAGCUCAUUUAUAUAUUUGUAAUGGCCAUUCUAGAAAUAAAUUCCCCCUCCCUCUCCUGGGACAGUUCUGACCUGAAGGGAACCACGGAAACAGUCACUGCCUUGAAGGCUGCAUCAGAUUGCCAACCUCUGGCUGGGAAAAAGAGGGUUGACAGACUCUGGGGCCAUUUCAGCCAGAGAAACCUUUUGGUUAUGGCCCCUCUUUGCUUCUCAAUUGUCCACAUAUUUAACAAAAGUGUUGCUGCUUUGUAAACCCCUUCAGGUGAAAGCACAUGAUCAGAUGCAUCACUACUCAGCCCCAGGUUUCCCCUUUAUCAAGUCAGGAUUCCCACCUACAGUUUAGCAACCAGAGGCAGGUGUAACACGUUGUAAAACUCCAUCAGGGAAAGGGAGUGUAAGCUAAGUAGGAUCGAUCUCUCUCUGAAUCACUCUCAAAUGAACAUUUGACUGUAAGCCUCCCAUCAAGGUAUUUGAGUGCUUACUAUGUGAAAAGCAGUGUACUAAGCACUUGGGAGAGUACAAUAGAACAAUAUAACAGACACAUUCCUGGCUCACAACAGGAACACGUUUACCAUCUUUCCCAAGUACUUAGUACAGUGCUCUGCACACAGUAAACAAUCAAUACCAUUGAAUGACUGAUUGACUUGAUUCAGUUGGCUGCUUUCUCUGGCCAGGUCCAAGCGGCUUCCUUGCCCUGGGAAUUGCUUCUGCCUGAAUUAGUUGGGAAAUUGAAGCUGCUCAGAUAUAACCUCAGGGUGCUGAGCCAGCAUGAAGGAAAAAUAUUUUAAAUUUACCUAGAAUCUCUGAGCCCUUUUGAUUUCAUUUAGAUCAUCUACUUUCCAUAACCCUGUAGAAAAAAGAAAAUGGUAACAGAUUCAGGGCAGCCAAAACAGCUUUCAGUGUGCAAACUACUGUGUCUUUAGAAAUUUUCCAGGUAGUUCAGAUUUAAAAUGUUCACCAAAUUAUUUAGCUAUUUCAGAUGGAUUCUGUUAGGGAGAGGGGCCGUCUUGAAACUAAGCCCUCAGGGGCCUCAACUAUCUGGGCAUCUUCUUAUGAAACCCAGGUAGGGAAAUACUUGAUGAAAAAAAACAACAGAGACAGGUGGAAAUAAAGCUUGAUGUUAGGUCAGUAGCAGCAGGUAGAGACCUUGUAUUUCCACUUCGGUUCAUUCCUACAGACAUUAGUGCAGCGGGAAGAGGAAUGGGUCUGGUUAGAUGGCAUGAAAUGUGGAAAAAAAAUAGAUAGGAAAUAUGUUCAGUGGGUAAAAGUGUUCAGAGCACAGCUUCAGGGUUUACAAGUUCCUAGAACUUCCUUCUAUGGGAAAUAACUAUCUUAAGAGAAAUUGAAAAAAAAAUACCUACAGAUUCACUAUGUUUUGUCCUCCUCAUGAUGCCCUUGCUGCAUUAACAGACUGAAGUGGUAGUGAGCUAGCUAAAUAAACACAUUCACUCA